GAAUAAACUAAAAAUAAAUAUCGAUCAAUCAAGUUUACAACACUACUCCAAGUCGUUGAUAUCACUCUUAGUUGCUCAAAAUGUCAAAAUAAAAUAUCAAUGGGAUAAACUUAAAGCUUUAAAAGAAAUCAAUGAAAAUUCAUUACCUGCCGAACAAGGAAAGGAAGCUGUUAAUAAAGGUGGACCCCAAACAAAUUCGAACGUUAAGAUACUUCCAGAUUCUCAUCAACAAAUACUACAAAUCCUAUAUCCCACCCUCAUUGCUCUUAUCCAAAAACUUCCAGCGCUUUCUGUAGCGGUAUCAGGUACCAAAACUUCGAAACCUCUGUUAAUUCAACUUGAGGAAAUCAAUAUAUUGGACCUCGUCACUUUUACUUCAAUUUCAUCUGCCGAUGAGCUUGAGAAGGUUUUGGAAGAGCAACACGAUACUGGGUUUGAUCAAGAAGAUGAAAGCAAACCACUUUGGAGAAUUAAAAUUUUGAUUUUUCAAUAA